AUGCUGAACGACUUCUUCAAUGUUUCCAUACAUUCGCAUACUUCCUGCUCUGUAGUGCAAGCAACAGUCGACAAGCGCGCGCUCGCAACAAUACCAACGUACAACCACUCCCAUGGUACGACCCUCUCUUUGACGCUGUACGCGCUCUCCUUCCCCACCCAUUCUAUGCUUAACGUCACUCUCGACAGGUCCACCCCACGUGCAUUUACAUUCCUUAGUGCAGCGGACAACACCAUAUCGAACGGAAGCAGUGGACCGCCACUUACCCCUCCUGAGCAGAGUCCGUCAAUACAUUCCACUUUGCCUUCUCUGUUCGAGCCACCUGAAUCAACUCGUUCAACGCUCCGGAUCUCAACCUGCAUGCACCACUCACACUCACUGCACGCUGUCACAGUGCAGCCUCAACCUCCACAACCUGCUCGACCUCAACCCACACGCACACGCAAUUUGACUCACAGGUCCCGAGCGACGGCCAAACGUGGUGACGAAGACUACAUCAAACAGCCUAAGGAUGCGUUCAUCCUUUUCCGACACGAAUUCUGCUCACAAAAGAACAAGGCAGAGGCUGCUAGUGGUGCAGGGGCGAUUAUGCGUAUAUGCGAACUGAGAAGUACCAUGCAGUUAAGACCCAAUGAAAAGCUUCUAUACCAGAAAGUGAAGGACGCUAGCAAGAUAAAGGAGAGAAUCCAGACUCGGCAUCUAGCCAGAGCAGACUUGAAAUCGGAGUUACCGCUGAAGCGCCGUAAUAGGGGUAACUACGCUCUCACGACUAGACGUCUAACUUCAGCUACAAAUAUCAUUAAUUCUCUUGGUUCGAGUGCUUUCGGAGCGUUCUGGUAUGCGUUGAAUACGUACGGGCUGACUUCUGCAACCAGUGAGAUAUUAGAUCGCAUCUUCGGAUAUCGACAAUGGAGUCGACCUCAAGGCCCGCGUCUUUCUUCGUGCUUCCGGUCGAAUUGA